AUGGCCACUGCGGGGGAAAGGAAAGUCAAGGUUAAGGUCAAUCUCAUUUCUCCUUUCUCCAGUGUCUACCCCAUCGUUCCGCGGACGCGCUGUGCAAUCUCUGACGUCUCCAGCGAUUUCCUAAUUAUGCGUAUCUGCGAUGUCGGACGACGAGGACCAGUCAAUGUCAGCCCUCGCCUCACACGGGCCCAAAGUCUGGCGAUCGCGGAAUGCCGGAAGGCUCCUCCUACUUAUCAUGUUGAUCGACUAGGUUUAUCCCUGUUGGAAUGA